AUGUUGUACUGUACAAAUAUAUUAAAAAAUUUUAUACUACAUUCCCUACAGAACCACCCACAAAAACCCUCAACAACUAUAUAUAAAAAUAAAUAUUACCACCUAUAUAAAAAAAUAAAAGAAACAAAAACCCAAACAAACAGAAACGCAUACAAACAUUUAACUUUAAACAUCUUCAAACUAACACAAAAAACAAAACCAACAAAGAAAAAACUAACAAAACUCAAAACGUACCUAAUAGAUAAAAAUUUAACAAAUUUGAAAAAGUUAAUCAAAAUACUGAAAAAAAAUUAUCUACUAGUGUUAACCUCGUUUAAAAAUAUUUUAAAUUUAAUAAAAAAUAAUUUAACUUUUACAAAUAAAUCUUUAACCACAAUAGAAAAUAGAGAAGAUAAAAAUUAUGUUUUUUUACCUUUAAACCAUAAUUACAUAACAACCGAUAAAAACUCAUUAAAACAAAUAUAUAGUAAACAUGACUUGUUGGUGAUCAAUAUUAAUUUAAAAAUAAACUUAUUUAAAUCCCUAAUAUUAAUUAAAUUAAAUAACAAAUAUAAUAAACAUGAUGAUAAUACCACUACUAUCAUUGAUAAUAUUAUAUAUAUAUAUAAUAUUAUCAAUGAUAUUACUAUAAAAAAAAUAAAAAAAUUAGAAACCACACUAAAAGAUUUAAAUUUAAACAAAAAAUACACAAACGCAUUAAAAACAAACGUAAUAGAAACCACAACCUACAAAAAAAUUAAAAAUCCCCAACACCUAAAAAUAUAUAAAAUACUUCUCCAAGAAAAAAACUUAAACAAAUAUAUUUUCUAUAAUUUUUUAACAAAAUUUAUAUAUGGGCAAAAUAAAAAUAUAAAAAAUAUUAUAACAACCAUAAAAACCAAAAGCGUAAAUAAACCGUUAGGAAGUUGGUUACUUUGUGGUUCUAGCGGUUCGGGUAAGACAGAGUUAGCAAAAAUACUGACGGCUUAUUUAUACAGAACAGAAACUAAUUUAUUGAGGUAUGAUAUGAGUGAGUUCAAAGAAAUACAUUCAAUUUCAAGAUUAAUAGGUUCUCCUCCAGGCUAUAUAGGGCAUGAGGAUAAAGACGGGAUAGUAGAAAAAAUUAAACAAUGUCCUUGUUCUGUUAUUUUGUUUGACGAAAUUGAAAAAGCUCAUAAAAACAUUUUUUCAUUGUUUUUACAAAUUUUAGAUGAAGGAAUUUUAACUAACUCUAAAGGAGAAACUAGUAAUUUUAAUCAAACUAUAAUAUUAUUUACAAGUAAUUUAGGAAGUGAUAUUUUAAAAUCUUUUACUGGGUAUUCGUUUAUAAGUUCGGUGUACAGAAACUCUAUCAUAUCAGCUUUAAACAAAUUCUUAAAACCAGAGUUUUUAAACAGAUUAAAUGAUGUAUUAAUAUUUAAUCCAGUCACAUUACAUAGUUUAUAUAAUUUAAUAGAAAAACAAAUUUUUAAUUUCAAAAAUUUUGAUUUAAGUAGUAAGGUUAAAGCUUUCUUGUCUUGCUUAUCUUAUUCGCCUUUAAAAGGGUCUAGAUUUAUUUUAAACAAUAUAGAUAAAAUAAUACAAACAGACUCUAACGUUAAAGUUAACUUAUCACGUCACAAUAAAAAAUUCACAUAUAUUUUUUAA